AUGAUUUCUAAGGUGUAUUUAUUGAUUUCUAACCUCUUAUUGAUUGGAAUAGCCUCUGCUGCUGCCAUCGAUGGAAUCUUCCAAGAAAUCACUUCUUUGGAAUGGACUCCAUUAGCUUCCACUUACAAUCCAGCACCUCAAUCUCCAGCUUGGGAAGCAACGGUUACUUGGAGUAUUCAGGGAGAUUCUGCUUCAGCAGGCGACACGUUUACUUUACAUCUUCCAAAUGUUUUCAAGUUUGUUACCAGUAACACUUCAGUUGAUCUUUCUGUCAACAGUGUCAGUUAUGCUACCUGUGAUUACUAUUCUGGAGAAGUUACUACAGAUUACUCUGAACUUAGGUGUACUUUGAGUUCUAGUGUUACUUCAUCGACUUCGGCAACAGGUUAUGUUUCCUUCCCAAUUACCUUCAACGCAGGAUUUGGUGGUUCAUCAGUCGACCUUGAAGCUGCUUCUGUUUUCACCGGCGGCUCCAACUCUAUUACUUGGACAGAUGGUACCCAUGACAUUACUGGUAGUGUUACAUUCACUGCUGGAUCAGGGUCUACAUUGAACGAUAACCCAGAUCAACAAGUUGUAGGAGCUCGUCUUAUAUCAUCUGUCAAUAGAUUACAACAACUUGUAAUUGGUGGUCAAUGUUCAAGCGCAACCCUGAGUGGUUCGAUCGGUUUCAUAUUCACUAACGGUGCUAAUAUCGAUUGUUCUACUGCUCACGUUGCUAUCUCAAACUCUUUGAAUGAUUUCUAUUUCCCAGAGACUGCUGGUCUGAUUGAUAUUUCCGGAACUUGUUCUGAUGGUCAAUACGUUGUCACAUACUCCAAUGUUCCAAGUGGAUACCGUCCAUACAUCGACCUUACAGUUGUUCCACCAACAGGUACAGAUGUUGUGUCUGUUACUGUAGUUAACACAGUUAAAUGUGGAAGUGCAAAUGAAAUUGCAUAUGGUGGUCCAUACACUUGGAAUAAUUACAAUAAUGGAGAAUCAGCUUCAAAUGGUAAUGAAAUCGUGUACACCACUAGUACCUGGACAGGAACUACCACCGGUGUUACCACAUUACCAUUCAGCUCAGGAUAUGGUAACACUCAAACAAUUGAGGUAUUACUUCCUAUUCCAACCACUACUGUAACUUCAACUUGGACUGGCACUGUUACUACCACCACUACUCACACCGCUCCACCAGGUGGAACUGUUACCGUAGAAGUCGAUGUUCCAGGUUCUUACACCACCGAGACCACCACAUGGCCAGAAUCGUACACUUCUACCACAACUAUUCCAAACACCACAGGUGGAACUGGAACUGUUGAAAUUGAAGUUCCUACUCCAACCACUACUGUGACCUCUACUUGGACGGGCACUGUUACCACCACUACCACUCACUCCGCUCCACCAGGUGGAACUGUUACCGUAGAAGUCGAUGUUCCAGGUUCUUACACCACCGAGACCACCACAUGGCC